AAUUGCUUCUCUUACUCUACUGUUAGCCUGCAAGAACAUCGACAGCAAGGUUCUACAAUGACCAUCACAGCAAAGCCGUGGACGUCCUUGGCUUCUGAGGCGACUGGAUGCCAACUAGUCCAACUCCCGCUCCCCGUCUUGGACGCUCUCAGCAAUGGGGACCUAAAAUCUGCCCGCCAGCUAUCCACCCAAGCAAUAACGCCUUAUCUCGUUGGCGACGAGUGCCGCAGUGUAUGGAAAAUGCGGAGCGACCAGAUCAGGUUCGACCCCCGAGAUGCGUUAUGGGUGACCCGUCUCGUUGUGAACUCGGAAACGGGGGUUGUCGUUGGGCGAGCCGGGUAUCACGGCCAGCCCGACCAAGAUGGCCGGUUGAGAUAGGUUAUGCAAUAGAUCCUUUGUACCGUCGUCAAGGUUAUGCUAAGGCCGCACUUCGGAUUCUCCUUGAUAUGGCUACAAAUGACCCGCUUGUUAAGGUGGUCCGAGCCACAGUUCGGCCAGACAACCUCUCCUCCAGAAACUUGAUUGCUAAGCAUGGCUUCCACGAGAUCGGUGAGCAAUGGGAUGAGGAAGAUGGCUUAGAGGUAAUUCUCGAAGUCUCUGUUUCGUGAACCAUGCCUGCCGCAAGAAAUGUGGCUGGGUAGAAGGGAUGGGUCAUAUGUUAGGUAGCAGGAUGGGGGAAGGAGAUGACAAACCCAGAAGAACAUGUGGCGACUGACGUGCAGAAUGUUGUUGAGACGCGAAAUGAGAAGUAGCCUUUUCUAAAGAGACAAUAAUUGAACCCCUUGAUAGCCG